CACAAAUCCCUUUGCCGGGUGUAUAAAAGACCAACUUCAACCUUAUCCACCAUCUCGCCCUACAACGGAUCGCUCAUCUUCCUAAGACACCAGCAGCAUCUUGAGACCAACAUCACCUCAAGCACAGGUUGUGGAGACGAUCAGAAUGAGUCCGACGUUGGUGUUGUUACUCCUCUCCUUGUCUGGCCUAUCAUGGGCUUUCAUCGCCCCACAGGUAUACAAUGAGCCGCUGACUCUUCAAGCUUCAGUGCCAUCAGUUCAAGCUCAACAGGAUUCUAAAGGAAGCGGUGGCUCACAAAGCCGCAGCCAGGAAAGUGAAUCAGCGGAACUCAUCAUCCCAAACAUUCUAUCAGGUCUAUUGGGUUCUGGUGCGAAGAGUUCAUCCGGAGGCGGCAGACCGGUAGGAUCGUCAGGGGAGCGCAUCAGCCGUACUUCCACAGGUUCUCAGGGAAACUCUGAGAGUGGUGAAUCAGGAGACAGGUCAGCGGAAAGCAACAGCCAGGAAAGCGGAGGCAGCUCUAGACAAGGUGUACCUCAACCACGACCAGCACCAGCACCAGCACCUGAACCAAGACCAGCACCAGCACCUGAACCAAGACCAGCACCACUUCCUGCACCAGCACCACUUCCGGCACCUGCACCAAAACCAGCACCAGAGCCAAAACCAGCUCCAGCACCAGCACCAAAACCAGCACAAGCACCAGAACCAAAACCAGCUCCAGCACCAAAACCAGCACCAGAGCCAAAACCAGCUCCAGCACCAGCACCAAAACCAGCACCAGCACCAGAACCAAAACCAGCUCCAGCACCAAAACCAGCACCAGCGCCAGCACCUCAACCUGCUCCUGCCCCUGCCCCUGCCCCAGCACCAGCACCAGCACCAAAACCAGCACCUGCCCCUGCCCCUGCCCCUGCCCCUGCCCCUGCGCCAGCACCAGCACCCAAACCAAAGAAACCCCGACCAGUGCUGACACAAGAAGAGAAGCUGAGGAAGAGACUGGGUCAGUCAUAG